AUGGCUGAUCUCUGGCUGAAGGGCGACUACCCUAUCGGACCGUUUCCUCAUCCGCCCAUCGAGCAGGCGGUGGCAGAUGUCCUAGCCAAAGCCCCGUGGAGCGGAUUCUCGACGGGGGACGUAGGCUUCAGACACGACUUCGUCGACCGGCCAGAAGCCGGAACUGCCUUCCUCGCCCUCCUUCAACCCCCACCUCGACCUGCUCCCCCAGACGGCUUGCGCUACCUCUACGAUGGACCGACAGAACGACGCACAGUCUCUCAGCACACCGUCACCUGCCCGACGAAUGUCAACACGCCGACGCAGAACUCGGCAAUGCAGGUCGAGCUGGAAUGCUUCACGGCGUUUUGCGGACACCUGCCGCCGCGAGACCAGCCAUACCCGCCAAACUCGCCCGAACUGCGGUUGACGAGGUUUAGGAAGAGGUGGCGGAUCACGAACGGGCAGUAUCCGACGUUGUGGUUCUGCUAUUGGGGUCAGGAUCAGAGCGGCGGAGCAGGUCAAGGACCUGCGCCGAACGCACCGGCUGGUUGGGAUUCGAUGCCCGCACGGCAGUAUCCUCUUCAGCGGCCACCGAACGUACCGAGCAAUCCCAUCUACCCCUUCCCCAGCCCGAACCGCCCUCCGCCUUCCGCUCAGCCCGGCAUGCCCGGUACUCCCCAGAACGCUCGACCUCCUCAGAACUACAGCACGCCUCAGACGCCCUUCACUACGACGCCGGCGAGCGGUCUCGCCCGUCAACAACAGCUCGCAGCGCUGCAGAACCAAGCGGCACUCGGUCUCUCGACGUCGAACCCGACUCUCGAGGCACGACAGCAGCAGUUCCAGGCGCAGCAGCAGGCGAUGGCGGCACAACAAGCACUGGCCGCGCAGCAAGCCCGAGCAGGGUAUCCAGAUCCUCGACUUGCGCAAGGGUAUCCGGCCGGCAUGACGCCUCAGCAGCAGCUGCAGGCGCAACAGGCCUUCCUGCUUGCGCAACAACAGCGCCAGCACCAGCAACAAGCAGUACCCUCCACGCCAGCAGAUGCGCAGGCUCAGGCUGCUCGAGCCGCAGCACACGCCCAGGCAAUCGCCGCUCGAACACAGCGCAAAGUGUCGGGGUCCGCCCCUUCCGCUGUACAGCCUGCCGCUGUCGCGUCGUCGUCACGAGAUCAGGACGACACCGCCCCUCCCACCGACAUCCUCGACCACCUCACCCCUCGCCAACUCGCGAUUCACCGCUACGCGCACAACCACGACAUCCUCGCUCCCAUCUUCGACCCCUGGCCUACUUCGUCCAUCCUGUCCGGCGAGCCUCGGCAGCGGGAAGUCGAAGAGAUUCUGGCGACUACGGGCGUCUCGUCGCGGUCUGGCGAACCGAGAGUUGGCGCUGUACCUGGGCUCGGACGAGACGGCGGCCUCGCCGUGCUCGCAACGAGUGCAGCGCGCAUCUCAGCUUUCGCUGCGCUCGGGAAGGAGCCGGAGAAGGCGCGGUUGCCGCUUGAGGAACGGAGGAACCAGCUGCAGAAGAUGCUCGAGAGCAUUGAGGGAAGCAUCCAGCGGAUGGAGCAGCGGCAUCAGGAGAAGGUUGCGCAGAUCAAGGAGGGCCCGAAGGCGUAG